AUGGGGAAUCCACUUGUUACGAGAGCUACAGUCUUAAUUUCUGGCGAAGGCUCUAAUCUUCAGGCCAUCAUAGAUGCAACUGACUCAAUUUUAUCUCACCUAAAAAUCGUCAGAGUCAUUUCUAACCGAGCCAAGGUCAAUGGGAUAAAACGUGCCCAUGCUGCAGGAAUACCAACAGCAUAUCACAAUCUGAUAAGUGGUAAAUAUCAGGCCGCCGGCGAAAAAAAUAAAGAUGUGAGGGAUGCGGCGCGAUACAAGUACGAUCAGGAUUUAUCAAGGCUGAUAUUAGCUGAUAAUCCCCAUAUUGUUAUUUGUGCAGGCUUUAUGCAUGUCUUAACACCUAUUUUUUUGGAAUCUAUGAAGGAGCGUGAGAUACCAGUGAUCAAUCUUCAUCCAGCAUUACAUGGACGAUAUGACGGCACUAAUGCCAUUCAAAGGGCAUUUGAUGAUUUUCAGGCAGGGAAACUUGCAAAUAACAAGACAGGGGUAAUGAUACACUAUGUUAUUGGCGAGGUUGAUCGAGGCGAGGUUAUAAUCCAGAGGGAGGUAGAAUGUCAAAUUGAAGAAACAUUGCACGAAUUCGAAAAUCGAAUGCACAGCAUCGAACACCAACUUAUAGUUGAGGGCACUGUGCUGGCCAUUGAAAAAAUUUGGAAUAGAAAAAACGAGCUAGAAAUUAGUUAG